AUGCCAUUAGUGGCGCCAAAUUUGUUCCUGGCAUUUGCAACAAUGCCAUGGAUAUCACAGAUAUCUUAUGUUGGUAUACAUGGUGGAAUGCUUCUCUCCUAUUACAAUGAUGAGAACCAGGCGCGCACGAUGUUUUCGAAUAUUUUAGAUUCUUCCAUUUAUUCUGCUGCACAUAAAUGGUACAGCCAAUCAGUAGAUCGAGAUACUGGGAUGGUGUAUGGAGAUGUGAUUCCUUGCUCUCCACAACAAAUUGGUUCCCAAUGGUUUCAAGAUGCAUUAAAUGGUAAGAGCAGGUAUGCUUCAUGGGGAGUUGGCUGGAACAAAGCUAGGGAUCAGAUGCUCUUUUUCACUGCUCCAGUGGCCAGAUCAGGAGUUAUUUCCAUCGGAAUUGCCAUGAAAGAUCUCGUUGAUAAUAUUUUUCGUGUCAACCUUUGGGGCGGGCACUUGUAUGUAGCUACAGAAGAUGGGCAUGUCAUAGCAGAGACUGGACCACCGCAUACUCGCUAUGUGCUUGGUAAUAAUACAGUUUCAAUCCAUGUAAUGGAUAAGAGUGAUACCUUACCACUUGAAAAGCAUGAUAAUUUUUCAUGCCAGCUUGAUAACCCUGAAGGUACAGGCAGUGAUCCAUCUCAUACUAACUAUUUGAGCAUUUGGGGCAAGAGAUACAAUUUUGGUUGUGCUCAUCUUGAUGUUUCUGGAAUCAGAAUGGUAAUGCAUUGGAUAUUGGUCCUGGAAUUAAAGCUUUUUGAUGUAUAUGUAAUUGCUUUUCCCUGUAAGGAAGUAAUUCCCCUCGUUCAUAAGAUGAAGAUAGUUGUUGUCUCACUGCUGUCACUUAUGAUUCUCGGUGUGAUUGUCGGAAGUUCCAUCAUGCUGCAACUGUUGAGGAGAUUGCGAAUACAGGAAGCAUUUCUAUAUGCGAGCCUCAUCAAGCAAAAGGAGGCGAUUCAACAGGCAGAGCGGAAGAGUAUGAAUAAGAGCUUGGCAUUUGCUAGUGCCAGCCAUGACGUGCGUACUUCUCUCGCAGGCAUCACUGGCUUAGUAGAACUUUGUCGUCUUGAUGCCACCCCAAAUUCCAAAUUGGAUAGGCACUUGGAGCAGAUGAGUACUUGUGCAUCACAACUUCUAGGGAUAGUAAAUUCAGUUCUCGAUACAAGUAAAGUAGAAGCAGGAAAGAUGCAACUAGAAGAGGUUGAAUUUGAUAUGGCUCAAGUGCUUGAGGAGUCAGCAGAUAUAUUCCAUGUUGUCGCUCUUAAGAAAGGCCUAGAGGUGAUUUGGGAUCCUUGUGAUUGCUCAAUUCUUAGAUGUUCAAAUGUCAAAGGAGAUUGUCGACGGCUUAAACAGAUUCUCGAUAACCUACUUGGCAAUGCAGUGAAGUUCACAUCCGAGGGACACGUGGUUGUGCGUGCUUGGGCUAAGAAGCCUAGCUUAGAAAAUUUUAAACUUUCUUCGAACCAUGAGUUCCGCUUUCCUAGCAUAUUAAGCCAUCUGACAAGGUGCCUUUGGAAGAAUGAAACUAAUAUGGAAAUUCUUAAUCCUGUUCAGCAUGGCCCAGAUUCUGUUGAAUUUAUUUUUGAGGUAGAGGACACUGGUAAGGGAAUACCCAAGGAAAAGAGAGCUUCUGUCUUUGAGAACUAUGUGCAAGUCAAAGAAACAACUACUGGAGGACAUGAGGGCACUGGUUUGGGACUUGGAAUAGUUCAAUCAUUUGUGCGACUGAUGGGUGGUGAGAUUUGCAUUAAGGAGAAAGAUCCUGGUGAAAGAGGAACAUGUUUUAGGUUUAACAUUUUUCUCAAGUCAAGUGAUGCAUCUUUGGAUGGUGAAGAGAAUACCAAUUCUCAGUUGCAUCCAAGAAAUACAUCUGUUGCUCGUACUCAACUUGCUGGGAAAAAUGUGAUUGCCCAAUCAAAAAUUCGUGCCAUGACAUUCAAAAGAGGUCUUCAAAUGGAAGGAAUUCACUCUCUACUUUUGAUUCAAGGUGAAACAAAAGAAAUUAUGCAAAGAUGGAUGGAAAGCCUUGGAGUAAAGGUAUGGGCAAUCGACCACCACAAGCUUCUUUAUCCUUCACUCGAAAAGAUCAAGAAUAGCCUUUGUGCCUCUGCAAAGCCCGAUUCAGUGUCACGUAGCAAUUCCUUGUCCAGAACCACAUCUCUCAAUUAUAACAAAGAAAAUGAGGGGUGUUCUAGCUCUGUAGAUGUGGCUGAUCAAACUUUGCCUCUUACCACUAAGGAACGUCUGAAGAAGCUAAGUUUUAGUGGUUUGCCAACUUACAUUUUGAUUGUCAUUGAUUUGAGCAGUGGAAAUAUGUCAGAAAUAUGCUCGAUUUUGAAGAAUUUUACUAGCAGCAUUCAUAAUAUCCAGUGCAAGAUUGUUUGGUUGGCCAGUUUCAAUACUCCGGCCGCUGAUUUAAGUAGUUCUAAUCAGGAGAAAUGUGAUCUUGUUUUGCAAAAACCAUUACAUGGUUCUCGUUUAUAUGCACUCCUGAAACUUUUACAAGAGUUCGGAGGAACAAAUGUAGAUGAUCCACAAGGAAUACAGAUUAUGAAUACAAUGCAAGCACGACAACAAUCUAUCGAGCUUGGUUCUUCUAUGGAUGAUAAAACUUUAUUGUCCAAUUCUUUUGCUUCGCAAUCAAGCCAACAUACCAACAAAACAUCUGGAUCGAGAUACAGUAUGGAUGAUGACACACCCUUAAGUGGCAUGAACAUCUUACUUGCGGAGGAUAUGCCCAUUUUAUCUAAGGUUGCUAAACACACACUUUCAAGACUUGGUGCAACUGUUGAACAUGCUGAAAAUGGGCGGGAUGCUGUGGACUUGGUUACAAAGGCUUUGCGAGGAACAUCUGAUAAGCACAAUGGAACUGCCCAACCACAAGGAGAUUUAAAGCCUUUACCUUAUGAUAUUAUUCUAAUGGAUUGUGAGAUGCCUAUUAUGAAUGGUUAUGAAGCAACAAGGAAAAUAAGGGAAGAGGAAAAAUAUUAUGGUUUCCACAUCCCAAUAAUUGCUUUGACUGCUCAUGCGACACCUGAGGAAGAAAGGAAAUCAAUUUCCGCUGGAAUGGAUUUCCAUUUGACAAAGCCACUAAAAAGUAAUAAGCUAUUGGAAACUAUCAAUAAUGCUUAUCAAAACUAAAACAAAUGAAUCGACUAUAUUGCUAUACAAUUUGAACUGUCAUUUCUUUUCUAUUAUGUCUUUGUUUGUACUAUAGAUCAGACAAAUAUUGUAAGUUUUUCUAUUAUUACAUUCUCCUUGUUUGCUUAAA